AUGGCUGCUGCUCAGGGAUACCCGCUUCUCUGUCUGGAGAAUCCCCUCUUGGAUAUCCAGGGAGAGGGAGACCAAUCGACUCUAGAUAAAUAUGAGGUCAAGGCAAACGAUGCAAUUCUCGCUGAAGAAAAGCACAUGGGCCUCUAUGAAGACUUAAUGCAGAACCACAAGGCAAAGCUGAUACCCGGCGGAGCUGCUCAGAACACUGCUCGUGGAGCUCAGUAUAUGCUUCCCAAGGACUCCGUCCUCUACAUCGGCUGUGUUGGUAAGGACAAGUAUGCUGAUAUCCUCCGAGAGUCCUGUGCAAAGGCUGGUAUCCGAGUCGAAUACCGAGUAGAUGAUGUUCAGCCCACUGGUCGUUGCGGCGUCAUCAUUACAGGCCACAACCGAUGCUUGGUGACCCAUUUGGCUGCUGCCAAUGAAUACAAGCUCGACCAUCUCAAGCUGCCCCAAAUCUGGGACCUUGUCGAGAAGGCCCAGUUUUACUUCGUCGGUGGCUACCAUUUGACUGUCUGUGUUCCAGCCAUCCUUGCUCUUGCUGAAGAGGCCGCUGCGAAGAACAAGACCUUCAUCCUCUCACUCUCUGCCCCAUUCAUCCCAGCUUUUUUUAAGGAUCAGCUUGCUUCAGUCCUCCCAUACACCGACUUUAUCGUCGGAAACGAGGCUGAGGCCCUCUCAUUCGCUAAAUCUCAGGACUGGAAGACCGAGGACAUCGCUGAAAUUGCCGAAAAAAUGGCCAAGCUCCCAAAGACUAACAGCAAGCGUGCAAGAACUGUCAUCAUCACCCAAGGAACUGAGCCGACCAUUUCAGCAGUCUCCAAUGCAUCUGGUGAAGUGACCGUCACUAAGACUCCUAUCCGUAAGAUCCUCAAGGAAGAAAUCUGUGACACUAACGGAGCUGGUGAUGCCUUUGCUGGCGGAUUCUGCGCCGGUGUUGUUCAAGGGAAGGAUGUUCCAGAGUGUGUCGAGAUGGGACAUUGGCUCGCCAACUUAAGCAUCCGAGAAUUGGGUCCAUCUUACCCAUUCCCACAACAAACCUACACCGAGUAG